UCUGUAUUCUCCGAAUUUAAAAGAUGGUUCGUGCUAUUACUUUAACUACUACUUUAGCUGCUAUUCUCGCUGUCGUCUCCGCUGCUCCUGGUCACCAUGGUAAGCACAAGGAUGUUCACACAGGCAAAGAUGCCGGUCUUAUCAACAUCAACCCUGGCAAGCACUUGCUUAUUGACGAUAUUAUUGCUAAACACUCACUCAAUCACGUUCUUGACGUCGAUCUUAUAAAACUCAAGGAAGUUCUUAAAAAUGUCGCCAUUCUCAGUAACAACGGUGUCAACGAAGACGAUUUUUAAGCGUUCUUUGUCAUAUUUUGAAACUAUACCAAUUAUCACAUUUUCAUCCUUCAUCCUAAUUAGAACUACAAAUAGUAACCUUUUAGAUAUAUAUUAUAUAGUAAUUUUGCCUUG